AUGAAGGCCAUCAUCCAGCGCGUCACUGCGGCCAGCGUCACAGUUGGUGGGGAGCAAAUAAGUUCCAUUGGACAAGGCAUUUGUGUGCUGCUGGGUAUCUCUGUGGAAGACACUCAGAAAGAGCUUGAGCAUAUGGUUCGAAAGAUUUUAAACUUGCGUGUGUUUGAAGAUGAAAGUGGGAAGCAUUGGUCUAAAAGUGUAAUGGACAAGCAGUAUGAAGUGCUGUGUGUGAGCCAGUUUACUCUUCAGUGUAUUCUGAAAGGAAACAAGCCAGACUAUCACAUGGCCAUGCCUACAGAUCAAGCAGAGUCGUUCUACAACAGCUUUCUAGAACACCUUCGCAAAACAUACAAACCAGAGCUCAUUAAAGAUGGCAAAUUUGGUGAAUACAUGCAGGUACAUAUCCAGAACGAUGGACCUGUGACUAUAGAAUUGGAGUCUCCUGCAGCUCCCAUUGAUCCUAAGCAGUUGGCAAAACUUGAGAAACAGCAACAAAGGAAAGAGAAGACCAGGAUGAAGGUGCCAUCAGAAUCCAGCAGAGAAAGGAAUGUUCCUAGAAGUAAAAAUGACCCCAGUGCAAGUAGUGGAGCUGAGGGAGAUGUCUCUUCAGAAAGGGAACCUUAGCUAAUGAAAAGCCAGUUCAGAAAUCCUGCAUAAAAAGCUGCUGGCGACCUUCUUUACUCAUUAGUGGAUGAUGCUCAAUUCCUAUAUGAAAAAAAUGAGUCAAAAAGAGACUUGGAACAAAGAAAUAAGAAGUUAAGAUCUGCAUCUUGCUGUUUUUGAAAACAACCAAAGGAAUGUUAUCUCUUUCCCUUGCUAAUAUGCUUAAAAAUGGAGAUGGUAGAUUACUUUUUUGUUGUUAUUUAUUUGGUUAAUUUAUUUUGUGAUUAACAGUGGCUACCACAUGUGUGGUUAGGCCGCAUAUAUGUGGGAUGGAAUCUCAUCAUCUACCCUGCCUGGAUGUUCUUUGCAGAGUUUACAAAUGCUCUCACCACGGAACGUCUCCCUCCUCUCCCCUCGCCCCAGUAAGAAUGAUUAAUCUGCUAGCAGAUUGCGAGGGAGGGGAGCUGGGGAAUGGGUUAGAACAAUGCCCUGCACCAUGAAAGCACAGCGUAACUGUAAGUGUGAACCCCAGCUAUCUUCCCCGUGUCAUUUUUCCAGAGGGAAGAUGGACUUAUUAAAUUGUACUGCAUGUUUUGGGAAAAGGAUUGACCAUAAUCUUGUGCUGUGCUUUGGAGGCAAUUGGGAUGUCUCCAUACUCAGCAUGAAGGUCAAAGUAAGACCCACUUUCCACUGGGAGUGGAUGGGAUACAUUCUAGCAGCUACAUACUCCCCACCCCCCCACCCCCAAAUUUGUCAAUCCCCAUUUUCUAGAAAGAGAUAUUACUGAUGUAACAGGGAAUACCCGCACUAUGUAUUUGUGUCUGUGGUAUUUAGGGCCAUCCACACCAUAGCCAUUACAGUAGAAUCAGUUCUUUGCCUGGUUUCAUGCAGCCAGUCCUUUUUCUGAUAUUAUUCUAGCGAAAUAGAAAUUGCAGUGUUUCUGUUUUCUACACCACCAAGAAAUAAAAGAAGACCUGGGCCACAUGGAAGUUGUACCCCUUUUGUACUGUUCCCUGCCCACUCUCAAAAUAAACAACGCUGAUUUGGGGAUAAAUGGUGUUGUGGACUUCUCCCAUAUGGCACAGGGUUCUUGUGUUACCUUGGUGAUCCAGGAAGAAACUGAUGCAGCAGUUCUCACACUACUAGUAUAUUGUAAGAAGAGGGCCACCAUUGCUGAAUGAAGAAUGGUGGUUUUUCUAUGGAGAUUUUAAGCAGCACUACUGUAAUGGAUCAUAUGAUCCGUUUUAAUAAAUAUUUUCCCCUUAGAUUUUCACUUUAGCAUUAAAGAGUAACCUUAUAUUUUGAUCCCAUCAGUAUGAUUUUUUUUCUCAUAACACUACAAAAUAUGUGUGCACUGCUUGUGUGCUGUGCGUGUAUUUUUGUGUCAGACUGUUCAAUUUGUGAAAAACAAUUCCUGGGUUGGGGAGAGGAGGAAUCCAUACAUAGUGGGUUUCACUGAUCUGCCAUGUACCUAUUUUGUGAAAAGUGUGUGUUUGUAUGUGUAUUUUAAACUUUUUCAAAAAAAAGGGGGGAAACUUUACUAAUAAAGUUUGCCACCAGAAUCUC